AUGAAUUAAAUUGAACCUACUGAUAAUGGGGCUUAAGAGAAAAAAGUUUUCAAAGGAAUGAUAAAACUAUACCCAGAUAUCUCCCAAACAAACUACCUUUGUUCACUCUGCCACUAUUUUGUGAUGACAUUUAUCUUUGUAAGUGUCGAAAGUCUCUAACCGUUACUAUUUAAUUAGAGAUAUGGUAUCCAUCCAAAAGAUGCUGGAAUGUGUAAACAUUUAAUAUAAUUUAGAAAAUGGAUAUAUGUUGCUUAUAGACAUUGCAACAAAAUGUAUAUUCGCACCUAUAGUAGGAAUAAUGAGUGAUAAGGUUGGAAGAGUGCCUAUAUUACAAAUGGGAAUUGUAUUAACAGCUCUAUCAAUUACCAGUAUGGGAUUUGCAGAAAACAUCUAUCCACAAUAUUGUAUAUCAAGAGUAUUAAUAAUAUCUUAUUCAGAUUCAAUAUGCAAUUGGAGCCAUCACAUUAGCCACUAUUCCUUUUCUGGGUGACUAUGUACUCGAUGAAACUAAAGGAAAGGCUUCUGCAAUAAAUGUAAUUCUGGCUGCAUUUGGAGCAAUGUUCUCAGCCACAGUAAUUACAAAACUUUUAACUCAAAGUUUUUCAAUUUAAACUACUUAUAUUGUUGUGGGAUCCUCUUUUCUAUGUCUAGGUUUACUUUACACUUUAGGGUUAAAAAAAGGAUUACAUUUUAAAAAAGAAAGAAAAAUUUAUAAGAAUGCUCCUCUAAGAGAUGAUUUGAUAUAAAAAAGUAUCUGUCCUUAUCAGAAUAUCAAAUAAAUUUAGGAUGAAGACUUUGAUUACAUAGAUUAUGAUAAAGAAGUCAGAGCUCUGAAUCAAAUAAAACAAGAUUCUUCUUGUGGAGCUGCAAUGAAGAUAGCUUUGUUAGCUGGAAAAAAUAUAUGGAUAUUUUAAGGGUAUGUGACCAAUUUCUUGGGAAGAGGAGAUUCCAUUUUACUCACUUUAUCAUUAUAGAUAUGGAGUCAAUAAUUUGUAGAUGAAACUUUAAAUGAUGAUGAUGCCUAUAAAUAAGCCAGUAUUUAAGUAUUAAUAUUGUUUAUAUUUAAAAUUAUAGGCAUAAACCCUUUCUGGAGUGACUUAUAUGGUAAUUAUGAUAGGAGCUGUGUUUUAUGGUAUUUUAUUUGAAAAAGUUUCCAAAAACAAGUUGCUUUUUAUAAUGUUUAGUCUUACUAUGGUUGGAUGCUUUUUAAUGAAUUUUGCACCUAAUCCAAAAAGUCCUUAUACCUUUUUAAUUAUGUCAAUUUUAGGAAGUGGAAUGUCUGGAUUGUACACUGGAGCUUUAUAUUUUGUCAAUAAGUAUGCUUAUUCUGAAUUCAGAGGGUACAUUUUAUUAAUAUCCUCCUAGAUACAUUUCAGGAUUAGCAAACGUUUUUAGUGUAUUGGGAAUAUUAAUUUGUUCAUUUGUAGGAGGAGUGCUUUAGGAUCACUGGAGUAAAAUAGCACCAUUCAAUCUUUUUGGAUUCAUGUCACUUUUAGGGCUUAUUUUAGUAGUUUGGAGUUACUAUGCCUUAUAUUAAAGUAGAAGUGUAAAAUGA